ACAACGUCGAAUGGGGAAAUAGGGAGCCGUGGAGAAAGGUCGUGAUGCCGAACGAUGUUGCACGGUAUCAUGGGUGUAAUUGGAUGUUUCCGGUCGAGCGAAGGGAAAUAACGACGAGGAUGACGUCGUAGUCGAACUGGAACCGUCUCGCGACAGCUCGAAUGACGACCGGUGGAUGCAUCUUCGGAAACUGUCCCGCGAGAGAGGUCACGAUCCUGACGGCAAUAUGACCGACAGAAUCACAUAGUGGCGCGUGGCGUGUCAGAGCCGACACGGGACUUGUGCAUUCUCUACCCCUUCCGAGGGGUGUCUUGUGAACUGUGUGUACCAACGUGGCGAAUAUUUCGUUCAGGGGGGGGCUUUGGAUCUAAAUCCAAGACGCAGACAUGUCGAGGCGACAUCAUCCGGGUCGGCUCGACGUAGAAUCAGCUGCCAUCGACUCGUUGUGAACGCGUCGGAAAGGGUGGUGGCUAGAUAUAUAUAGGUAGAGAAUAAGGCGGUGAAGAAGAGGAAGAAGAGGGUGGAUCAAGAGCGUGAGCCGAGGCGCAAAAUGGGAGCAACGAAAUUCGUGUUGGGAAGCGCAAUCCUCGGACUGUUCUGGAGUGGCUUGUUGAAGGGUGUCCUAACCAAUUCGAUGAACAGGUGCGACUAUCCUCCCUGCUUCUGCGAUCACCACGGCAGACUGACCUGCGAGUGUAAAGAGGAAGGAGAGGAGCUGGUGUUAACCACAGACGGUGACAAAAGGCUGAGCCCGCACACCAGCAGGAUAGUAGUGAGCAAUUGCUCGUCCGUGAUCCUGAUGAACUCGAGCCUAGCCUCGAUGGUCGGGCUGCGCGCGGUAGACCUGAUCAACGUGGCGAACCUAAGCCUAGUCAGACAGAGCUUCGAGCUAUCUCCGAGGAGCACUCGCACGCGGAUAUCCGUGAGGAACUGCAGCAUCGACACGAUGCCCAGUUUCGUGUUCAGAGGCGACGUGGAGGCGAUCAUCUUGGAGAACGUGAGGAUCGGUCAGCUGAGCGCGUUCUCAUUCGCGAAUCUGGUGCACACGGAGAACCUCAGGCUGGAGAACUGUCGCAUAGACAGCAUGGAGGCCCAGGCGUUCAAGAAAUUCGACGUAGGUUACCUGCGCGUGAUCGGUAGUAGCUUCGGGGAUCAGGUGCCCAGUAGGACGAUGAACGACAUCGAGGUUUACCACACGUUCUUGCUGGACGGCGUGAAAAUGGGCACAGUGAGAAGUGAAGCGUUCAUCGUGAGGAGCCCGCGGACAGUGGCGAUACAAAAUUGCAUGGUGGAGAGCUUGGAGAGCGAAGCUUUCGACGUGACAGCACGAGGGGCUGUGAUCAUCAAGAACAACACGUUUGGCAGCCUCUCCAUAGGCGCCUUCCUGGGUAUUCGAGCGGACCCCGAAGCCAGGACAGUGCCUGCCUCCCUACCGACCAACCUGCACGACCUCAUCUUCAAGAAUAACAGCGUGGUGAACUUCGAGGAGGGUUCGAUGAUGUUCGACAGGAGCAGCUUUCGCCUCGAGCUCGACAACCUUCUGGUGGACCAACCGUGCGACUGUCAGAUGUUGCCCGUAUGGAAGAACAACAUUCUCAAUUACACCAACGUCUACUCGAGGUUUUACACGAAACAGAACCAAGGACUACUCCCUACGUUCUCGCCUCAGGACCCUAUCAACGAGACCCCGGAGACGUUCCUGUGUUCCGAGGGUGAGGUGAACGGAGUGCCUACUAGCUUCGUGGAAUACGAGACGCGACACUGUUCCCUGGGUGGGUCCAUAUUGGUCCUCGUGCUCAUCGUCGCGGGCCUACUCGUCCUACUCAUCCUGCUCACCUGCCUGAUAGUCUGGUGCUGCAGGAGGCGCCGUCGGAACAGCAGGAAGAAAUGGAUCAGCGUGCCUAUGAACACACCUGACGUCGUGUCGAAAAAGAACGGGGUGAUAGGUAGGGAGGCCGCCACGUCGGCAGCACCGGUCGACAGCCGGAUAACGAUGGUGGUGCCUGAUGGCAGGCUCUACAGGGAGACCGAGUUCCACGUGAUCGUGGAGAAGGCAGAGCCACUGACUACCGAGUUGUAACGAGAAGCUUCGCACGGCUCGACGACUAGGGCCGUGGUAGCUCGAGUCGAAGAAGAAUUCCAGUGGACCGACAACUCGAGCCGAUUUCGCGUGUACAAGCUGUGAACCGGGCGCGGGACCUACCCCGAACCGGUGCUACUAAUGUGUGACGAACACGUGCACCGGUUUCUCAGUGCGAUUGCAGCUCGGGACUACUUGUGUGACACGUACGGUACAUCGACCGUUAAUCUUCCGGACUAGAGCGGAACUCUUCCCUCGCGAAGAACGCGACUGUACACCUCGGACACUUUUCACCUACCGUUGUCGACUAUGAUUGGCGAAGCGGCUUGAAAACGAAAUAGAAGAGGGGAAUUCCGAAUCUCCCUUGUUUUCAAUUUAAUCGACUAUCCUUCUAGUACAAGGCAGUUCGUAAGCUUCCAUUUACAUAUCACGAACGAGCACCGAUUAUCCAACGCGUUUCUCCCUGCUUCUCCGUGGAUCUGUUCCCACUCUUUCUUUCCCCCUCCACAUCCCGCUCUGCUUUCAAAGCAGUCACGUUCCUCUCGAUAAUUAAGAGUUCUUCCUCUCUUCCGCGAUCGAGGACACGUGCAUGGAUAAUCGGAGCGCGUUGUUAGUUAAGUUUAUCGUGUUAAGUAG